AGUCUACUUGUGGCAAUUUCAAUUGAUUAGACAUGAUUAGAAAGGCACACACAUUUGUGUAUGAGGUCCACAAUUCACAGCAAAUGUCAGAAAAACAAACAAACCAAGGAACUCUCUGUAGACCUUUGUGCAUUAGUGCAAUUAUGUGUAAGGGUAUAAAACCAUUUCUAAAGUUCCAAAUGCUCCCAGGAGCACAGUGGGGUCCAUCAUUGUGAAAUGGAAGAAGUUCGGAAACAACAGGACUCUUCCUAGAGCUGAAACUCAGUAACAGGUCUUGAAUGGCCUUGGUCUGGGAGGUGACCAAGAACCCAAUAGCCACUCUAACAGAGGUUCAGAAGUCCUCUGCAGAGAUGGGAGAACCUGCCAGAACAACAUCCAUCUCAGAAACACUCCAUCUAUCAGGCCUUUAUGGCUAGAUGGAAGCCACUCCUGAGUAAAAGGCAUAUGGCACAUAUGAGAACAUGAGGAAAAGGAUUUUCUGGUGUGAUAACAAUAAAUGAACACUUCUGGCUGAACUCCAAGGGCUGAAAACUAGAUAGUACUGCUCAACUGGAUAAAAUCACCUCCACUGAGAAGCAUGAUGGUGGCAGCAUCAUGCUACUUCUCAGUGACAGGGGCAGGGACACUGGUCAGAAUUGAGGGAAAGAUGAAUGCAGCCAAAUACACAGAGGUCCUUGAAGAAAGUCUGCUAUAGAAUGCACACAUUUAAAGACUGGGGUGAAAGUUCACCUUUUAGCACGACAACAACCUUAAGAAUAUAGCCAAGGCAACACUGGACUGGCUUCAGAGCAAGUCUCUGAAUAUUCUUGACUAGCCCAACCAAAACCCACACUGCAACCCAUAGAAGUGUGACUUGCCAUUUGUGGAGAGACCUGAAGAUGGCAGUUGAUAGACACUCGGCAUCCAAUCUGAUCUGAGCUUGAGAGGAUCUGCCAGGAAGAAUGGGAUUUUAUUUGUAAUUGCUGCCAAAGGUGUUUCCACAGAAUACUCAAUAAAGGGUCUAAAUUCCUAAAUAUUGUUUUGGCUUUGUCAUUAUGGAUAAUUGUGUACAUUGGUGGCCAAAAAAAAAAAAAAAAAAAUUUCUUAAAUCUAUAACACAAUAAAGUGUGCAAAAUUGAAGUUGUCUGAAUACUUACAAAUCCACUGUCUGGUGUGAUGUACAGCACACAAACUGACAGUACACUAAGCAAUAAUUAAUUGGUAAUUUAAUUUAAAAGAUCCACCGAAUGAAAAUAUACAUUCUAAGACAGUUCAGUCAUACAGUUGACUAUUAAAUUAUAAUGGCCUGGCAUCCCAUCAAGAGUGAAUUCCGGUCUUGUGCCCUGUGUUCCAGUUAUAGACAUUGGAUCUACUAAUAAUAAUGAUUCCUCUAUUGGUGGCAACACUUGCAGAAAUUUUGUACCUAAGCGUCCAGGCCUGGCCAAUGGAAAUAGUCUUGAAGUUUUUCAAUGGCGUUAAGUGGGCCAGGUGCAUCAGGAGGUCAAUUUUGGACCUAGGGACCUCAGGCUUGCCCUAGAUGCUCAGUGUGGAAAUAAAAGCAGGGCAUUGUUGAUCAGGAAGUAGGUGGAGAUUAAUGCUUGGCAUGUCCUCUGGUUUUCUCCUUCUAUCUGGAGCACCUUCCCCCCCAACAGUAUUUGUGUACCAUCAGGGCUUCCAUGUCGACGCUGUCCUCUACCUCUUGGGAUCUUGGGUGGGUCUAUGGUAACUCCUGGCCUAUCGCUCCCUGCAAGUAGAGGCACAGGUAGUUCAGACACCUGUCCAAUCAACACUGGCCACUCACCUUUACGGUUUCCUACCUGGACCUCAGCGACAGGAACCUAGAGGGUGGCCCCAUUCACACAAGAGACUGUGAGGCUUCCACAAUCCUGAAGUGGGAGCUUUUUACUUUCAGUUGAUGCAGGCUUGAGCCAAGUUCAUUAACAUGUAUAUGUAUGUUCACUGCACAUUUUUGUCAUUCUUAAAUGAACGUUCUCCAUCAUCAGAUCUUGCCGGAAAAUUUUAGGUGUAUUAUUAUAGUAAAAUGUUAGUUAAUCUACCCCAUUUUGAGUAGCAGUGUUACUGCAUCCCAAAUUUCUAGUAAGCUCUGAUAGCGUGUCCAGCGAGAUUUUCUGAUCUUUCUGGAAAAUAGCAAACCCAGAAAAUAAAGUAAAUCGUAUAAAAUAUUAUGAGGUGACUGUUCUUGUCAACUAUAAACAACAGUUCCUUAAUUUAUGAAAGACUGCACUGUUUUGAACCUCCCUAGUUUACAUAGUCAAAACAGAUAGAAAGCCUGCAAGAAAGGUCCACAGAGUAUCUGUUCAGGCUGUUUAUGAAUUAAAUUUACAUUCUGCAAAUUCCUAUUUGUUGUUUUAUUCUGUACAUGAGAAAUUAUUUCUAUUUUUCAGUAGCCCAGUAGUGGGUUUAAAAAAAACCCUUGAGUUUUACACUAUGCCCCCAUUUCUGGUUUAAAUCCAAAUACAGAUAUGAAUUUGGUGCACUAAACAGAUUCAGAUAGUGGCACUACUGCCCACUACAGCUCUAGUCAUAGAGUAGUUUUCUAAAAAUUCAUGACUUAAAACAAAGCAUUAUGAAUAACAUUUAUGGGACAGGAUUUGUGGGUCCAAUAUUUAAUUUUUUGCAGGAAAGUGGGGAAAUAAGUACUUGUUUAUACUACAUUGGUUUCCACUGUAAAAAAAAAAAAAAAAAAAAAAAAAAAGAAGUCUUUUCCCUAUUCCUAAUGAAAGCUAAGAAAAUGAAGAAAGAAUUAACAUGUGCUAUUUGGUUGAUCAGUAGAUUCACCAGUGGGUCAGGUAGAGAGGUCUGUUCUUUCAAACUGUACCACACCACCACAUAGAUGUCUGGGUUAAACUGACCUCAUCCCACCUCGUUGUACCAUUGCCCAGAGUUUUGGAACUGCAAGUCCGAUAAUGUCCAAGAGAACGCCUUAGCAUUUAAAGAUCACACCCGGGAUCACACUUGUUUGCACUGCUACCUGUCAGGCCAACAAGUUAAUUAAAUGCUAUUCUCUUCUAGGUAUAUUAACACUAUUGUAAACCAUUUUCUCUCUUUCUUACCUAUCUCUGACUCUGUGUCAGUGGUGACGCAUGCUUGGAUUCACCUGCUCUAAUUCCUUAAUAGGAUUGCUGAUUCUCCAGAAAUCCCACUAGAUCCUGAUUAAGUAAGAUCAACCCAUUAGGUCUGGCAAAAUAAUGCAGCUAAAUUACAAUACCACUCCCAUACAGACCAUACCUAAUAAUACCUCUCCAGUAUACCUCCGACUGGUCUCACAUAGUUCUACUAAUUCUGUGCGAUAUUAGUGACCUCUUUCGAGCGCUCCUGUUUUGGGGUCACCACAGGUGAUCACCCCUAUGCAUAUUGAUUCUGGAGCAAGUAUUAUACCAGAUGCCCUUCCUGACACAACCCUCCCCAUUUUCCAGGCUUGGGACCCUGUGUGAUAUUAGUGAUACUGAUAAUUAAUCCUUCUCACAUUUAUGCUUCAUUGAUUGUCUCACAAAAUGAUCUACGAACUAGACAUUUAGGAAAUUAGAAAUCUAAAUCUCAAUACCCAUACCAGAAGCAGUAAUCCAAACUGUAGUUCAUGUGCAUUUUUAAAUUGUAAGGAACUUUUCAUGUAAUAUUUUCAGCAUGGAAUCUUACUUUGCCUGUCCUUUCUGCACUGAUUCUAAACUUCACUUUACCUUCUCUCCCUGUCCUGCUGUCAAUCACCCCUCCUCUAUCAGUACACUUCCUAUUGCUCCUCUUCUCUCUCUGUUUCCAUCUUUAGGCUUAUCCCUUCAUCCUUGAUCUCCUUCAUCCGAUCCAAUCCUCAUCUGUUCCUCUCUAGCGGAAAGGAGAGAAAAAGAGUGUGUUUUUCACAGGCAAGUUGCCACCAGUCUCUUAGGGGAACACAUGAACGGCAGAGAGCUCAGAGACAGUCCAUUGGAUUGAGGUGUGCUGAAAAGUGAAGUGGGGCUUCAGUUAAGAAGAGAAACACUCAUUCUUGAGGAAUAACAGAGAACACGCUCUUUGUGUUGAAAAAAAAAAAAGGUCACCUUGUAUCCAUUCAUUUUCAUCAGUAAUUACAGCCGUCAACUGCUGCCAUGGGUGAAAUGGAGAAAAUGAAAAAGGAGGCUGAAACCCUGAAGACACAAAUCGAGGCAGCACGCAAAGCGGCUCAUGACACAGAGUUGGCUGCUGCUGCCUCUGGAGUGACAGUUACGCCCGCCAUACAGCUCAAAACCAGGAAGACACUGAAAGGCCACUUGGCCAAAAUCUAUGCCCUGCACUGGGCCACAGAUAGCAGGUUAAUGGUCACUGCCUCACAGGAUGGAAAACUCCUUAUUUGGGAUACGCAUUCAGGAAACAAGAUUAAUGCGGUUCCUCUGAAGUCCUCAUGGGUGAUGACCUGUGGAUAUUCCCCCUCUGGAAACCUUGUGGCCAGUGGUGGUCUCGACAACAUGUGCACCGUAUACAAUUUGAAGACACCUGCUGUUAAGAUUGUGAAAGAAUUAGACGCACACUCAGGUUACCUCUCCUGUGCCCGCUUUCUUAGUGACACUGAAAUCCUCACUUCCUCUGGGGACACCACCUGUGCACUGUGGGAUAUAGAGUCUGGCAAGCAGAAGAUUGUCUAUCUUAACCAUGUGGGUGAUUGUAUGUGCCUGGCUCUGUCCCCUGAUAUGAAGAUGUUCAUUUCUGGGGCCUGUGACUCGUUGGCCAAACUGUGGGACAUCAGGGAUGGCCAGUGCAAACAGACAUUCCAGGGUCACACCAGCGAUAUCAAUGCCAUUGCUUUCUUGAAUAAUGGAAACACUUUUGUGACUGGCUCAGACGACUGUACCCUUAAGAUGUUUGACAUCCGCUCUGAUCAGGAAGUGAUGUGCUACGAGGAUGGCCAAAUGAACAGUGCUGUGACAUCACUGACCCUGUCUAUGUCAGGCCGCCUCAUAUUUGCUGGAUAUGACAACUUUAACUGCAACAUCUGGGACUCGCUGAAGGGUGAUAAAGUUGGAGUGUUGUCUGGGCAUGACAACAGAGUGAGUUGCGCUGGAGUACCAUCGGAUGGCAUGUGUGUGUGCACUGGCUCAUGGGACAGCUUUCUAAAAGUCUGGAACUGAUCUGGUCCAACCACCUCCCCAAAAAAAGGGGGAGAAGGAGGGGGAGCAAAUGAAAGAAAAAGAAAGGCUGGAGUUGGAAGGGAGAAGUAGAGAGUCUAAGAAAGAAGAAAGUCAUGAAAAAGAUCAUGGCACCUGUCAGACAUUAAUGUCACAAAACCCUUUCUCUCCCUGUCUCUCUUUUUGUCCCACCUAUGAAUACUGGGGAAUUAAUGGAGUAAUAGAAAUGUCCUCUCAAACACCAUGAGAUGUAGCAUAUUAACACGAGGUGAAAUGUAUUAUCAGCUCAUGACCAAGAUCUAAAAUAGCAUAGGCUUAAGCUCAUAUGGGAAAAUAAUAAAUGUUAAAUAUAUGCGUUAAUAUUUUAUUGUACUUGGUAAAACUGCUAGAUUUUUGGAAAUCAAAUCAGUGACUAGGGACAGGAGCAGAAUCAUAAACCUAUAGACUUUAUUACAGACUUUGAUUAGACAGAAAUUUUUAUGAACAUAAUAAAUGAAAGGAAAUGUGCAGAGUUAAUAUACAGUGACUUUUAUCACACCCACAAUGCGCAUGUCUGCCUACAGCAUGGACAUAUCUAAGAUUUUGACUUGAGAGCAACGCAACUUGUCUGGGCCUUUUGUCUUUACUCAGGUGAACCCAAUAUGUGACACAUAAUAAAACAUUACUCCUGGUCAAUUACUUUCUUUCAUGUUCUUUAACCUCCAGAUGUGACAUCAUGUUUGUUGUAUGGUUAAAUGUUUCUGUUAGAUGUUCACCUUCAUCCAAAUAUGUAGUUCUCUUACAUUGCCACAGGGUUUCUUAAAAAAUGAACUGAAAUGGCUGAUGAAAACCUUUCUAAUAAACUUAGAAUGCUGCAUUAAACAAUA